UUCAAAAAUCAUUGAAUUAGGACGCGUAAGCACGCAUAKUCGGGAUCGCCAAUUCUUUGGUGAGGUUAUGGAACUGUAUUUCAUCGACGGUGCAAUAAACAGCGAACAGUUGGACAACCUUCGAGGCUGUAUUUUAGGUACGUCAUACAAGAUGAUGUACAGCGAUACUAUAGACAACCAUGCCAUUGUUGGUCCUCUGUUGAAGUCCAUCAACACCAAUAACGACAACGACUGCAAAGAUGCCUGCUUCAUGCACGUCCCUGAUGUAUGCUACAUGUUCAACUAUUAUCCACAGACCAAGAAAUGUGAACUGUUCUACAAAGAUCGUGUGUCUGAAUACAAGGUGGAGAAGAGGAAUGGAUGUUACUUUAAAACCCGUCAGUGUGAUGUAAAUCCGUGUCUUGAUGGCAAACGGUGUUACUCGCUCGGUGAACAAAGUCACACAAGCUGCAUUUAGAAAUUUUCACAGAGUGAUGCCGGCACGCAAG